AUGUCGAAUGAGGCGAGCACUUCAAAUCUGGAUGACCCUACGCCAGAGUCUUCGCAAAUGCGGUGGCAAUUUAUCGACGCAUCCGACAACAGGAGGAGCAAUCUGACGCAAGUCAAGCGACACGUAAUGCAAGAAUAUAUACGUCAAAGGCGCCAUGGUGAUCAGCCUUCUACUGGGACCGAGGAGCCCGUGAAGAAAAAUCACGACUCUCAACCGAGAACACGAAGUCGCUCGAAGAAGCGCAGGUCAUCUGCAAUAACUGGGGAAGCUGUAAAGAAAGGAAAAAGUCAGGGUACUAAGCGCAUUGAUCUCAAACCUCAUUCAGAUCAACGGGACUUGGUGGUAGCUGACCGAAAUCAUGCGUUGGAUGAUCCUGGGGUCGAAGAGAUUGAACGACUUCCCGCCACAAAGCCUGUCAGCGGCGCGAAGUCCUUGCCAUAUAGACAAGCAGUUAUUAAAGCUCCCAUCUCCUCGGACCUCAUAGACUCGUACACUCUAAACGAUCACAGCAGCGGGUCGGAGCCUAGCAUCGGGACACCGUUGUCCUCAGUCCCGACUUCUCCCUUCGAUCUCGGACUUUCUCCCAAGACCAUGCUUAGUGCUGCUCGGACAGAUCCCUUCAAUUGUCUUCCCAUGGAGUUAGACCUCGAGGGUCAGCGGCUAUUCGACUUUUACGUUAACGAGAUGCCGGCUUGCUCAUAUGGCACCCAUUUUCGAUCCAGCAGGGCCCAUAAUUGGUACACGGCAGUUUUUGUUCCAGAGGCCAUGAAAGGUCCCAUUGCAUUCCAAAAUACUAUCCUUGUGCACGCGGCCAACACAUGGGCAUGGGUUCGCAAUGAAGAGGAAACAGACUAUACUCUUACCCACCGCAGUCGUGCCAUUUCCAUGCUCCGCAAUCAUAUGAUAAAGAAUCCAGGCGAUGUCUCCGACCAGGUGAUCAUAGCAUGCCUCAGUGCUGCAGGGCUAGAAGAUUUUGACCCUCGUCUGGAGCGCAAACCGAUCAGCUGGAUGCACAUGCGAGCCGCGAGAGAAAUGAUCCGCGCCCGUGGAGGGCCAGCUGUUUUCGAGAAUACACGAUUGGGGAUGUUGAUCAACUGGCAGGACUACAUCCUCUCGGGCUAUGAAACCCACGGACCGAGCUUGUUCUUUGAACGUCACCCGCUUCCACGAACCUUACCUGAGCACUCAUUCCCUUCAGUAUCCUCGAUAUCGUCGGUAUCCACAGAAAACACAUCACCUAUGUCGGGGUUUAGAAUGUCAGGAAUGGCUCUCCCGCAACCAUUAGACUCCCCCAAAGAGGAGAUUCAACAACAGUGCGUUGAGUUUGUCGAUUUCCUCAAGCGAUGCGAACAGCUCGCAAUUCAUCAACAUAGCAUCUGUGAUGAGUCCAUGCCUUCAAUGCGCCGAUCUGCAUUCCAGGAAUCCUCGCUUCUCUAUGAGAUUCUCGCAGCGCCACCCGCUCUGCGCUUCACUGCGUCUGGGAACCGGAAGCAACUGAUUGCACGAGCGGUUGCACUGAUAAUGCUGAACGCGGGUCUCUGGGAUUACCGAUAUUCCACACAGCACAGCGAUACGUUCCUCCAGACUCUGCAGCUUGCCAUGUUCAAGAGUGAGGUCGGCAUUAGCGGCUCCGUUGAAGCACUGCUGCAGAUCAUGCUCGAAUGUAACGAUGGAAUUGUGGCGAUGGACAACACUUUUCCUCAUACCCCAUCUCUAGACGCUAAAGUCUUUCCAGACUUCACGCAAUAUUCGCCCACGGCUCGGACACCGUUCAGCCGGCCUUGGUUUGCAGGGCGAAUGCUCAAAAUCGCGAAACGGCUCAGCCUCAAUUCGUGGAUCAGUGUCCAGGAAUUUCUCUUUUCCUGUCUGACGCUCCAACCCAUGAUUGGGUGGGUGUCCUCAUGCGAGAACUAG